AUGCGAGGGGCCCUAUUGCAAGACUCAGAUCUUAAACCUUGCUCUACUCACAGUGUGGCUAUGGGAUUGAUUCUUUGCGGAGACUUGGGCUGUUUUGCAGCUCUUGAGGGCUCUUGGGUGGGGAUUUUGUGGCUUCUUUUCCAACCUACUUGCACUUAUGGGCUAAAUAAACCGUACACCCAACCCCCAGCACGAAGUCCUACCGAACCUAACUUUCCUCCCGCGUGGACAGCGUGCUUGGCCCUUGUGGAGCCGGGUACAGCGAUUGGCUCCACCAUCCAGUCAAUUGCAGCUGCCGCAAUGCGCGUGCAGCAAGGGCCUCAACGGCAGCAACAACAGCCAGUGCAGCCUCCAGAGAAAGUGCUGCAGAGCUUGGAAGUUUGCUUGGGAGCAGGGUGGGUUGCUGCGUGCGCCCGGGACGUCGUGGGUUCCUUUCAUGCGUUGGGAUCUGAUGCAGAGCUCUUCCUUUUUCAGCUCUGCGACCCACAAGGUAAUUACCCUCAAGCUAGCUGGUUUGUAGGAGAGCUGGCUAGCUUACCAGAUGCCAAGCCGCGGAGGAGUUUACAUCCUUCCUGA